GCAGCACAACGCUUAUAAAGACACCAGGGCACACCCCGACGGCAGCCUCAAAUCAGAUCACUCACAGACAGCAUAGCAGCACUUCGAGGUUAAGCAUGCUCAGCCUCAUCAAAUUGCCAAGAGUCGUCACCGUCAAUCAAGUGCCCAAAGUUUUCCAUGAGGACGGCAUUAUCUCUGGCUACCGCUACCAUGGUAGCUCAGCCACUGACUGCAUCUUAAGCCUCUUUCAGCUGACCAAUGAGACCCUUAACAUCUGGACCCAUUUUUUGCCCACCUGGUACUUUCUAUGGAAACUAGUAAGCGUGGUGCUCAUCCAAACUGCAUGGCAGCAUCCCUUCACCUGGCCUCUGGUGGUCUUAAUCAUUUCCAGUUGCAUAUAUCCACUUGCAUCAAGCUGCGCUCACACCUUCAACAGCAUGUCAGCACGGGUGCGACAUAUGUGCUUUUAUAUUGAUUAUGGAGCCCUAAGUCUCUACAGCAUGGGUUCUGCAAUCACGUAUUCAGCUUACGUGUUCCCAGACAAGUGGGUAAACAGCAUCUUCCACCAGUGCUUCGUCCCCAUUGCUCUGCUUAACACCAUCAUAUGCACCAGCCUGGCCUGCUACUCCAGGCUUGGAUUGCCAUUUCUUCAUUAUAAUCACGAGGUUGUAAAGAGAUUCUCUGAAUGCCAGCCUCCAAGGUUCAGCAAAGUGCUCCGUCUUGUUGCUUUUGCCUACCCUUACCUGUUUGACAGCAUUCCUCUCCUCUACAGGCUGUUCCUAUGUGAAGGGGAAGGCUGCACUAAUAACGAAGCCAAUGUCUUCCACUUUACCCACAUUGCACUGGCUUUCCUCACUGGCUUCCUGUUUGCAUCACAUUUACCCGAGCGCCUGGCACCUGGCAUCUUCGACUAUAUUGGUCACAGUCAUCAACUUUUGCACGUCUUUGGCAUCCUUGCCACCCACUUCCAGAUGAUGGCCGUUGAGCAAGACAUGGUAUUGCGACGUUCCUGGCUUCUGAACCACUCCCUACCCAUCACCUUUGCAAACUCACUGGGUCUAACAGUACUUUGCCUACUGGUCAAUCUGAUCAUCUUCCUCUUCUUUAGCCUACCCCUCUCAGCAUCAGUUGGUCAGCAAAAAACAUAUGAGAGCCAGUUAAAAGCACAUUGAUACUUGUGUUAUGGCUACGUCACAUUGCAGAACUCCAAGCUGCUCUUUGGAUAAACCAACAUUUGUUAUUGUGUACAGUAUAUAACAUGUUUUUAUUGGAAGCUGUCUAUGUGAAUGAAAAUAUGCCAUCUGCACUGAGAGCAUAGUUAGCCUUCAUAUCACUGUAAUGACUGCUGUUGGAUGUGAUGCAAAUUGACGAUCUGCCUAAAACGCAAUGGGAAUAACUGUUCUAACAUUUGUGUAACAAUGUUUCCUGAAACCCAAUGUACAUUUACGCUACUAAUGCUGCAACAUAGCUCGAUUACAUUCCAAAAUCCAGUGAAACAAUCAAAUAUAUUUGAUGUCCCUGAAUUCUAAGAUAGCUGCAGAUGGGAACAAUGAAGAGCUUGAAGGGAACAAAAAAUGAAAAUACAACUGGAAUACAAUGUCUUUUUUUGUUUUUUACAGCAUUAAAAAUCGACAUUUUCAUCUACAUAGUUCUUCAUACAACUUCUGACAUUUUACACUGAUCAUUUCGAAAAUGUAUUUAUUCCAAAUUAAAGCCUAUUUAUACAACG